UUUUAGAUAGUUGCAUAUCUUAAAAGUGAUGAGGUGGAGAACAUAUUAUAUCCCGUCAUAAGAAAAAGUGAUGUAAAUUUGGAAAGCUUGUUAGCUGUGAUGUGUUGCGUAGUUAUGUCACAUAAGGAGGGAUUUGCCAUGAUUUCAAAAUUGGUAAUUGGUCUGAUGAAAGAAGGAUUUGAAAAUUUUGAUAAAGUUCUUUUAUAUAGAGCCAUAUUAUUUGGCCGACAAAUAAUGUUGAAAGAUGAAGUGCCAAUAUCUGUAUCCUAUGGCCUGUGGUUUCAAACUUUCAUCGGAGAUUGCAUUACCCUGAACAAUCCAAAAAUCUUUUCUUUUUUUAUUUCUGUAAUGACAGAUUUGAUUCCUCUGGAAAAAGAUAUUGAUGUAAUAAAGGCAGCCCUAAUACAGAAAAUGUCCGUGCCUUUUGAAUGCCAAUCUGUCUAUUCAGAAUAUAUGACUUUACUCAAAACUAGAGUCAGAGACUUAGAGCCUCAUGUACAACCUGAAAAAACUAUUGAAAGAGUUCUAUCACUCUUCCAAGAGACUGGUAAAAUUCCUCCAUUUGUCUUAGAAGCUAGCCUUGUACAGAAACACCAGUUUCUCAAUGAAUUUUUACCUGCUCUAUUAACUCCCAGACUAAAACCCCAAAUUCCUGAUACGAAGGAAAAUUUUAUAACAGCUCUUUUUCAAGCAGGAAAAAUUCCAAAUUCACUUUUACAAAAGUAUGAAUUGGCAUGCAAAAAGGAGGAAGAUUUGUUGCUUGCUGAUAUUAAUAUGGCUGGUAACUUCAUUGAAAUUUUUAGAGGAUGAUGACAGCUGACAUAAUUUUGUAUCAGCUAUAUUAAUUAAAAAAAAGACCUACACUAUA